UGAAGGGAGAGGCUGAUGGGGUCAUUGGUCUUCGGAUUUCAGGGUAUUGCCAAGCCAAGUGGGUUAACAGAAACCUACACGCCUUGGGAUCGCAACACAAAUUGCGUGUCCUUCAUAUCGAAAGCCAAAGGUACACAGGGGUACAUUUCGGAUGUUAGGGGUGCGCCUCACUUCGUGUCGACGAAUCAUGUCUCGGGAAGCACGCCAAGCGUGUGCGGCCAAGCGACCACCCUCCAGUGGUUUCGAUUCACGACCAACUCGCCGGAUACCGUGAAUCAACGAGUCUUUGCUUGGUAGGAUUCCACGAAAGGCCCCCCGAUCCCUACGGCUGCCGCACAUUGCUUCUUAGCUACUCGAAUCAACUGACAUCAUUCAGCUGAAUGGGAUCUCGACUUCGACAAUGCGACAUGCAGAGCAAGAUGGCAACCAAAGCAUCACGUCCCUGGAAUAUCAUUUUUCAGGGGACCGCCUCCUAGCAAGCAUCUCUUGCAUAACCACGCACGAUGUUCCGCGCAAAAUCGCCCAGUGCGGAGCCCAUGAGAACUACUUCCCACUUCGUUACUUCCUUUCUGAUCAUCAUGUUUGUGCUGGCUCAGCAGCAUCAUGGCAGCAGUUGGCGCGGAGCUAUGCCGGACCGUGUUGGAGCAGCAUUGCCUCCAUCUCUCGACCAACGGCCUCACGCCGUUCCAUCUCGAGAAUCGGUUUUCUUUCACUUUACCCGGGUUAUCCUUGCAAUCUUUCCAAUCCUCGAGUCCAGCAGACAGACACAGUAUACGACAUGUCGAGCAUCACAGCCGAGACAAGUCGUCGUCCGGUUGCUCACCAUUCUCAAAUCCACAUGACAGUUUGGACUCACGCUUUGUGUCUCGCACGGCCAACACCUGAAUGCUGGUCUCCAAGAUCCUCUUUUUUUGGCGCACAUCUAUUUGCCACGCGCGACGAGCAACUCCUUAACGAGCUAGCAACCGUUGCCGAGUCAUCUGGUGCCUCGGAGUCUCCAGUUUUGUCCUCGUGGGAUCUCCUUCGCCUCCCACAAACCCAGACUGAACCGAGCCUUUUUCAUAUCUACACGCCGUGCUCAUGGUUACCGUGGGAAUGCAACACGGUCAUUAACGGCUUUCUCCACUUCCAGAUUCGAGGCAUCGCAUCCUGCCCGAAUCCCCACUCUCUGCUGCAGGCUAUGGCAGCGAGGGCCUAUGUUAUUCACACCGGUCGUGGGUUGGUGGUAAACUGCGCGGUCAUUCCACUGGCUUAAUGGGCUUGACCGGACUUGGUCGCCCUCCUUCGGUCUGAUUACUCUGCCUUCGCCGACGGCUUCGCACUGGGAU